UCAUAUAAACCGUUGAUUAUCUUACAUUUUGGCUGUUAAAAUACUUUAGUAGUCAUUGUGACGAGAAACAUCUUUGGGGUUCGUUCAGGGCGUUAGGGUUUUUUCUUGUCUCAGCUUCUCAGUAUUCAGCGGAGGAGACGAAGAGGAGAUCAUGGCUGGAGGGAAUUUCAUGGGCAGAGUUGUCUCUUACGUUGUCAAUGAGUUACUCGUCAAUACUCUUGCUAACAGUCCUGCCUUUCAAAGGUUUGCGGUUAGGACUUCCAAGAGGAUAGAAGAUGCUUCAAAUUUGGCUGCACGGAAAAGGCAGGAACUGCAAGAACAGUUGAAUGAUUCGCUGAGAAAGUUUGAGGACAUGUCACAGAAGAAGCAUUGAAGGAUUGUGGGUAACGUUGUAUUGGUACCUGAAUGUAUAGAAUUCUUUCUUUUAUGAUCUUUUGAACAGCGGCUUACAGUAUGAAGACCAAGCCACUAUUGUACAUCCGUGAGAGUGGAGUAUAACUUGAAUUAUAAUAAGACAGAUCUCUUAACUGCUUCUCUUACGAAUCUAGUGAUUGUAAUUUCUUGAACAUUUUUACUGAAAAAAAAAAAAGCCUUGAA